UGCUAGGAUUACAAGCGUGAGCCACCAUGCCUGGCCCACCAUGUAUUAAUUAACAGAUAAAUUUAUAUAGCAAGAGUGCAUUCUUUCCUGGGAUCUUGGAGCAAGCCGAGCCAUUCCAUAGCCCAGCUAUGGAAUUGAAGCCCCUGCUGCUGCCACUUUGAAAGGGUCUUUCCAGCAGUUGAGAUUAGCCCAUGGUCCUAUUAGAGAAGGCACAGUUCCUGAAAGGGUGUACAUUGGUUAUAGAGCCCAGAAGUUUGUAUUCUGAGUCCUGAAUAAAAGGCCCAUGCAGGAGAAUGGGGAACAUGGAGGGCAGAAGUUUGUACUAUAAUUAGCUCUAGGAGUAAUACAGAAGGGGGAGGGAGGAGAGUACAAGCGGCAUCUAUUUUGAGCACAUCUGCGAUUGACGGGACACGUGUGCUGGACUGUAAUGAUCCCAGGGCCAAGUUGCCUGCCUGUGAUGUGUGGUGUGGGGGGAGGCCUGGGGCAGCAGGAGCAGGACAGCCGGACAGAAAGCCCGGACGGGGUUUGAGCACCUCAACUUCUCUCCCUGGGACACUGUUCAAACUCCGGGGGCCAUAGGCCAAGCUGAGCGAUGGGUGCUGAGGAGGAAGUGCUGGUCACACUAUCAGGGGGAGCCCCCUGGGGCUUCCGACUUCAGGGGGGGGCCGAGCAGAGGAAACCCUUACAGGUGUCUAAGAUUCGAAGACGGAGCCAGGCUGGCAGAGCAGGACUCCGAGAGAGGGACCAGCUCUUGGCAAUCAAUGGGGUCUCUUGCACCAACCUCUCCCAUGCCAGUGCCAUGAGCCUCAUCGAUGCCUCAGGAAAUCAGCUUGUCCUCACUGUGCAGCGGGUAGCAGACGAGGGUCCUGUGCAAUCUCCAUCUCCCCAUGAGCUUCAGGUGCUUUCACCCUUAUCUCCACUGAGUCCUGAGCCCCCUGGUGCUCCAGUUCCUCAGCCUCUUCAGCCUGGGAGCCUUCGUUCACCUCCUGAUAGUGAGGCUUACUACGGAGAGACUGACAGUGAUGCCGAUGGCCCUGCCACCCAGGAGAAGCCCCGCCGACCUCGCCGCCGAGGCCCCACAAGGCCCACCCCUCCGGGUGCCCCACCUGAUGAGGUCUACCUGUCUGACAGCCCUGCAGAACCAGCACCUACUAUCCCUGGCCCUCCCAGCCAGGGUGACAGCCGUGUGAGCUCCCCAUCUUGGGAGGAUGGGGCAGCCCUUCAGCCACCCCCAGCUGAGGCUCUGCUGUUACCCCAUGGGCCCCUCCGACCUGGUCCUCAUCUCAUCCCUAUGGUGGGGCCUGUUCCCCACCCAGUGGCAGAAGAUCUUACUACCACCUACACCCAGAAGGCCAAGCAAGCCAAACUGCAACGUGCAGAGAGCCUCCAAGAGAAGAGCAUAAAAGAGGCCAAGACCAAAUGCAGGACAAUUGCAUCCCUGCUCACUGCAGCCCCCAACCCCCACUCCAAAGGGGUGCUUAUGUUUAAGAAACGGCGGCAGAGAGCCAAGAAGUACACCCUGGUGAGCUUCGGGGCUGCUGCUAGGACAGGCGCUGAGGAGGAGGACGGCGUUCCCCCCACGAGUGAGUCCGAGCUGGACGAAGAAGCCUUCUCUGACGCCCGCAGCCUCACCAAUCAAUCUGACUGGGACAGUCCCUAUCUGGACAUGGAGCUUGCCAGGGCAGGCUCAAGAGCAUCAGAGGGCCAGGGCUCUGGGCUGGGAGGGCAGCUGAGUGAGGUCUCUGGGCGAGGGGUGCAGCUCUUUGAACAGCAGCGCCAGCGCGCAGACUCCAGCACCCAGGAACUGGUGCGGGCCGAACCAGCAGCCAUGCUCAACGGGGAGGGCCUGCAGUCACCACCUCGGGCCCAGAGCGCUCCCCCAGAGGCGGCUGUGCUCCCACCCAGCCCCUUGCCGGCCCCUGUAGCCAGCCCCAGACCCUUCCAACCAGGUGGUGGAGCCCCGACCCCAGCUCCAAGCAUCUUUAACCGGUCAGCCAGGCCCUUUACCCCGGGCCUACAAGGGCAGCGGCCAACUACCACCUCGGUUAUUUUCCGGCCCUUAGCCCCCAAGAGGGCGAACGACAGCCUGCGGGGCCUCAGCCCCGCCCCACCCCCCUUCUUGUCUUCUCCGCAGGGGCCCACCCCUCUGCCCAGCUUCACUUCAGGGGUUCCCAGCCACGCGCCAGUCUCUGGUUCCCCCAGCACCCCACGCUCCUCGGGCCCUGUGACAGCCACCAGCUCCCUGUACAUCCCAGCCCCUAGUCGGCCUGUCACCCCAGGCGGAGCCCCAGAGCCCCCCGCUCCUCCUAGCGCAGCUGCCAUGACCUCCACCGCUUCUAUCUUCCUAUCUGCGCCUUUGCGACCCUCUGCGCGCUCAGAGGCGCCUGCCCCAGGCCCAGGGGCUCCUGAGCCCCCCAGCGCUCGCGAGCAGCGCAUCUCUGUGCCAGCUGCCCGCACGGGUAUCCUGCAGGAGGCCCGGCGCCGGGGGACCCGGAAGCAGAUGUUCCGGCCGGGAAAGGAGGAGACGAAGAACUCGCCCAACCCCGAGCUGCUAUCGCUGGUACAGAACCUGGAUGAAAAGCCCCGGGCCGGGGGUGCAGAAUCUGGUCCUGAAGAGGAUGCUCUGAGCCUCGGGGCUGAAGCCUGCAACUUCAUGCAGCCAGUAGGGGCCAGGAGUUACAAGACCCUGCCUCACGUGACACCUAAGACCCCCCCUCCAAUGGCUUCCAAGACCCCGCCCCCCAUGACUCCUCAGACUCCACCCCCAGUGGCUCCUAAGCCCCCAUCUCGAGGGCUCCUUGAUGGGCUCGUGAAUGGGGCAGCCCCUUCGGCUGGAAUCUCUGAGCCACCAAGGCUGCAGGGCAGGGGUGGGGAGCUGUUUGCUAAGCGGCAGAGCCGUGCGGACAGGUAUGUGGUGGAAGGUACACCUGGUCCUGGUCUUGGCCCUCGGCCUAGAAGUCCUUCUCCCACCCCGUCUCUGCCCCCUUCUUGGAAAUAUUCACCCAACAUCCGUGCCCCGCCUCCUAUUGCUUACAACCCACUGCUCUCUCCCUUUUUCCCCCAGGCGGCCCGAACUCUCCCUAAGGCCCAAUCCCAGGGGCCUCGGGCAACACCCAAGCAGGGCAUCAAGGCUCUAGAUUUUAUGCGGCAUCAGCCCUAUCAACUUAAAACUGCCAUGUUCUGUUUUGAUGAGGUUCCCCCGACUCCUGGCCCUACCGCCUCAGGGCCCCCCAAAACUGCCCGAAUCCAGGAGAUUCGCCGGUUUUCCACUCCGGCGCCCCAGCCCACUGCAGAACCCCUGGCUCCCACUGUGCUUGCCCCCCGAGCAGCCACUACACUGGAUGAACCCAUCUGGAGAACAGAACUGGCCUCAGCCCCUGUUCCUAGCCCAGCCCCUCCUCCAGAGGCUCCCAGGGGCCUUGGCGCUUCUCCCAGCUCCUGUGGUUUCCAGGUAGCCAGGCCCCGAUUUUCAGCCACCAGAACAGGAUUGCAAGCUCACGUGUGGAGGCCUGGGGCAGGGCACCAGUGAACAGGCACAGGUCCCAGGACCAAGGAGAGGUGGAACAUCCAGUUCCUAAAGUUGCUUCUCCUACCCUAUCCCACCCUCUGUCACUGGCAUCUGGAAGCUAAAUUGCCUCCUGCCAGAGAUGGUUUCCAAGUUGAUGUCCCUAUCCCCCACCUUCCUCCUCACUCUCUACCUCCCUGCCGCUUUCCAGCCAACUAUGUCUGCUUUGGUAUCUUUGCCUCUC